GGCCUUCUGCCGGGGCGCGGCUGACCCGCGUGGAGCGCGGGGCCAUGGCGGUGGGCGCCGAGAGCAGCCGCUUCGGCUACAUCUUGGACCUGCUGAAGCGCGACAAGGUUACCAUUAAGGGUAUCGAAAGAGAGCUCAUCUGCCCGGCAUGCAAGGAAUUAUUUACCCAUCCACUGAUCCUUCCUUGCCAGCACAACGUCUGUCACAAAUGUGUGAAAGAAAUACUCUUUGCAUUUGAGGACACUUUUGCUGAUGGAGGCUCUGAAUCCUCUAAUCAGAGUAGCCCUCGAAUUAAAAUCUCUUCUUCUAGCAUGGACAGAAUUGACAGGAUUAGUAGAUCAGCCUCACAGAGGAGGUCUUUUGGGUGGAGAGGAUUUGGUGUCUACACAGGCAGAAAACGCAAUUCACUGACUCCUCGAUCGAGUCUAUUUCCUUGUCCGGGUUGCCAGCGGGAUAUUGAUCUUGGAGAACGUGGCAUCAAUGGCUUAUUUCGCAAUUUUACUCUGGAAACCAUUGUGGAAAGGUACAGACAGGCAGCCAGGGCAGCCAUUGCUAUUACGUGCGAUUUCUGCAAACCUCCACCUCAAGAGUCCACAAAGAGCUGCAUGGACUGCAGUGCAAGCUAUUGCAAUGAAUGUUUCAAAAUACACCAUCCUUGGGGAACUGUGAAAGCCCAGCAUGAAUAUGUAGGACCAACCACCAACUUCAGACCCAAGAUUUUGAUGUGUCCAGAACAUGAAAUGGAGAGGGUAAACAUGUACUGUGAACUCUGCAGAAGGCCUGUUUGUCAUCUUUGUAAACUGGGUGGAUGUCAUGCAAACCAUAGAGUAACAACCAUGAGCACUGCCUACAAAACCCUUAAGGAGAAGCUUUCAAAAGAUAUUGAGUACCUCAUCAGUAAGGAGAGCCAGGUGAAAGCUCACAUCACACAGCUGGAUCUGCUGCUGAAAGAAACAGAGUGCAACAGUGAAAGAGCUAAAGAAGAAGCAUCUCAGAGUUUUGAGAAAUUAUCUCAUGUCCUGGAAGAGAAGAAAUCUGCAGCUCUUAAGGCAAUUGAAGCCUCUAAGAAUUUAAGGCUGGAAAAAUUGCAGACACAAGCAGAAGAAUAUCAAGGGCUCCUGGAAAGUAAUGGCCUUGUAGGAUAUGCUCAAGAAGUGCUUAAAGAAACUGAUCCAUCUUUUUUUGUUCAAACAGCAAAACAACUUCAUGUCAGAAUCCAAAAAGCUACUGAAUCUCUGAAGAACUUCAGGCCAGCAGCUGAAACUACUUUUGAAGACUUUGUGGUGGACAUAGCCAAGCAAGAAGACAUCCUUGGUGACUUGGCCUUCCAUUCCAAUGGUCUAGAAACACCAGAAAUCAAUGAAGAGCAGAGCAGAGUCUACAACAAAGCUCUGAUCAGUUGGGAAUGCCCUGGGAAGACAGACUCAGCUGAUACCUAUGUUCUUGAGUAUCAUAAGCUUAAUAGAGAAGAGGAGAGUGCGACGUGGCAGGAGAUCAAAGUUUGCAGCAAGAGCAAAGUAAUAUCUGAUCUUGAUGACAACAGCAGCUAUGCCUUUAGAGUUCGAGGAUAUAAAGGGUCCAUCUGUAGCCCUUGGAGCCAAGAAGUUAUUUUGCAUACGCCUCCAGCUCCAGUUUUCAGUUUUCUUUUUGAUGACAAAUGUGGGUACAACAGCGAACAUCUCCUGCUGAACCCAGGAAGAACCUCUGUGGAAAGCAGGGCUGGAUUUCCUCUACUGCUGGGAUCUGAGCACAUGCAGGUCGGAUGCUACACAACCCUGGAUUACAUCAUUGGUGACACUGGGAUUGCCAAAGGGAAGCACUUCUGGGCUUUUCAUGUGGAAGCCUAUUCCUACCUGGUGAAAGUGGGAGUUCUUUCUAGCAGCAAGAUACAGAAAUUGUUCCAUAAUACCCAUGAUGUGACCAGCCCAAGAUAUGAGCAAGACAGUGGUCAUGACAGUGGGAGUGAAGAUGCCUUCUUUGACUCAUCACAGCCUGUCACACUGGUCACUUUAGGCAUGAAGAAGUUCUUUAUCCCCAUGACACCUGCUUCCCCCAAGGAUCCAGCAAGCAGAAUCCUCCCCCUGCCGUCGUGCUUGGGCAUCUGCCUUGACUGUGACAAAGGCAAGGUGGGGUUUUACGACGCAGGUUGUAUGAAAUGCCUUUAUGAAUCCAAGGUGGACUGCUCUGGCAUGAUGUACCCAGCAUUUGCCUUAAUGGGUGGCGCAGCGGUUCAUCUUGAGGAAGCUGUCAGAGCAAGGUAUGGGGAGUACCACGAUGACAUCUAGUGCAGUAAUCUCUUCCCAUUGCUGUUCUGAGAUGGAAAAUGAGAGCAGAAGAAUUCUACCUUAUUUUUCAGUCCUGAUUAAUUACAUUCUAUCUAUGUGUUGCUCACAAGCCUCCGGGCCACGUUUUUUUUAAACUAACAGUCCAGACACUUCCCACACCAGUGGGAAAUGUUCUUCCAGGAACUCUCCUGCCUUUCUUGUGAUCUGUGCAAUGCUGUUAUCCGCAGACUUUCUUCCCAGGGGGAAGCAGGGAAGAAGUUUGACUAGCAACCAAAAUUACUCUUCAGGGGUAGAAAUCUGCCUUUUCUGUAACUUAAAUCUACAUAGUCAGUUUUCCAUUGAAUGAAGUCAAAGCUGGCAGCACGUGAUUGCUGUUCUCCUUUUAAGAAAUCUGCCUGAAUACCUCUGAAGGGUCAAAUGUUUUCCAGUUAACCCCUGAGCACCAGAGGCUGGGCCUUUCAGAUCGAAAUAACAUUUGCAAAAAUACAAUAUAAAGCAGGGAGAAAUCAGAACUGCAGCUGAACGUUUAGGUUCUCAGCACAUUGCUGGUUCAUGUCCAAUUUUUCAUCCACCAGGAUCCGCAAGUCCUUCUCUGCAGGGCUGCUCUCCAUCCCCCAGCCUGUACUGACACUGGGGACUGCCCAGACCCAAGUGCAGGACCUUGCAUGUGGCCUCAGUGAACCUCAUGAGGUUCACAUGGGCCCACUCCUCAAACCUGUCAGGGUCCGUCUGGAUGGCAAUCCUUCCCUCUAGCAAGUGAACUGCUCAGUUUGGUGUCAUCUGCAAACUUGCUGAGGGUGUACUCAAUCCCACUGUGUUGUUA